AUGUCUUUUUUCCCCUCUUUGUCAGAAGAGGCAGAAGUGGAUGUGAGAGACAGACACACAGAGAGACACAGAGAGCGAAAGAGGGCAAGAGACUUGACUUUAAGAGACUCCUGCACUGACAACUCCAUGCAGUUCGGAACAAGAACGGCAGCGACCGACUCUGGUUUCAUGGGGACAUGGCAGAACACUGACACUAACCUCUUAUUCAGAAUGUCCCAACAGGCAAUCCGCUGUACACUGGUAAAUUGCACAUGUGAAUGUUUUCAGCCAGGGAAGAUUAACCUGAGAACCUGUGAUCAGUGUAAACAUGGCUGGGUGGCACAUGCCUUGGACAAGCUUAGUACUCAACACCUCUACCACCCAACCCAAGUGGAGAUUGUGCAGUCCAACGUUGUGUUUGACAUCAGCAGCCUGAUGCUCUAUGGUACUCAGGCUGUGCCUGUGCGACUGAAGAUACUACUUGACCGACUCUUCAGUGUGCUGAAGCAAGAGGAGGUGUUGCAUAUUCUGCAUGGCUUAGGCUGGACACUUCGAGACUAUGUUCGAGGUUACAUCCUUCAGGAUGCUGCAGGCAAGGUGCUGGACCGCUGGGCCAUCAUGUCCAGGGAAGAAGAGAUCAUUACCCUUCAGCAGUUCCUGAGAUUUGGAGAAACCAAAUCCAUUGUGGAGCUGAUGGCAAUUCAAGAAAAAGAAGGGCAGGCUGUGGCUGUGCCAUCUUCAAAGACAGAUUCAGAUAUAAGGACUUUUAUUGAAAGCAAUAAUCGCACCAGGAGCCCAAGUCUCCUUGCUCACCUGGAGAAUAGCAACCCUUCCAGCAUUCAUCAUUUUCAAAACAUCCCAAAUAGCCUUGCAUUACUGAAUGUUUUGACCAGCAUCACAAAUGUUGAGCCCAAAACUGAGCCAGCCUGCGUCUCUCCUGUUCAGACGCCUACUCCUGUCAAUGAUUUAUCGAAAACAGAACACAGUAAAAGCUCAUUUCGCAUUCACAGAAUGAGGAGAAUGGGGUCAGCCUCCAGGAAGGGAAGAGUGUUUUGCAAUGCAUGUGGCAAGACUUUCUAUGACAAAGGUACUCUUAAAAUCCACUACAAUGCCGUUCACCUGAAAAUAAAGCACCGGUGCACUAUUGAGGGCUGCAACAUGGUCUUCAGUUCUCUCAGAAGCCGCAAUCGCCACAGUGCUAACCCCAAUCCCCGCCUCCACAUGCCUAUGCUAAGGAAUAACCGUGACAAAGAUCUAAUUCGUGCUACAUCAGGUGCCGCCACUCCAGUCAUAGCAAGUACAAAAUCCAACCUAACUUUAACGAGCCCUGGGCGUCCACCAAUGGGGUUUACCACUCCCCCUCUAGAUCCUGUACUACAGAACCCUCUUCCCAGUCAGCUGGUGUUCCCGGCUUUAAAGACUGUUCAACCUGUUCCUCCUUUUUACAGAAAUUUACUUACUCCUGGAGAGAUGGUGAGUCCUCCAACCUCACUCCCUACCAGUCCAAUAAUACCAGCAGUGAGUGGCAUGGAGCAGCAUCCCCCUCCUCCUUCAGAGUCAUCAGUACCUUCAGUGCUGAUGCCCACCCCAGAGCCUAAUGCUGACCUUGCCCCCAAGAAAAAGCCAAGGAAGUCAAGCAUGCCAGUUAAAAUUGAAAAGGAAGUUAUUGAUACUGCCGAUGAGUUUGAUGAUGAAGACGAAGAAGUGAAUGACAGCAGCACGAUGGUGAAUGACAUUGGUCAUGACAAUCACUGCCAUUCUCAGGAGGAAAUGAGUCCGGGUCUGUCUGUGAAAGACUUUUCCAAAAGUGACAGAAGCAGAUGCAUUUCCAGACCAGACAUAAGAAGGGCAGACAGCAUGACAUCAGAAGACCAGGAGCAUGAGAGAGACUAUGAAAAUGAGUCGGAGUCAUCAGAGCCCAAAUUGUGUGAGGAAUCCAUGGAAGGCGAUGAUCGUCUCCAUGAACCUGGUGAAAAAUCGAUGAUGCACAGUGACAGACCAGAUGAAAACCACAAUGACUCUUCCAACCAAGAUGUCAUUAAGGUGAAGGAAGAGUAUACAGACCCUACAUAUGAUAUGUUCUACAUGAGCCAAUAUGGACUGUACAAUGGAGGCAGUGCUAGUAUGGCUGCCCUUCAUGAAAGUUUUGCUUCUACAUUCAACUACAGCAGCCCUCAGAAGUUCUCCCCAGAAGGUGAAAUGUGCUCCAGCCCAGACCCCAAGAUCUGCUAUGUGUGCAAGAAAAGUUUCAAGAGUUCCUACAGCGUGAAGCUUCACUACAGAAAUGUUCAUUUAAAAGAGAUGCAUGUCUGCACAGUGGCUGGCUGUAACGCUGCGUUCCCAUCACGGAGAAGCAGAGACAGACACAGUGCUAAUAUAAACCUGCACCGUAAACUGUUGACCAAAGAACUGGAUGACAUGGGCCUGGACACCUCACAGCCUUCUCUUAGUAAGGACCUCCGUGAUGAAUUUUUGGUGAAGAUAUAUGGCGCUCAGCAUCAGAUGGGGCUCGACAUAAGGGAAGACACCUCCUCACCUGCUGGUACUGAGGAUUCCCAUAUGAACGGGUACAGCAGGGGCAUGUCAGAAGACUAUAUGGUCCUAGACCUGAGCACCACCUCCAGCAUCCAGUCCAGCAGCAGUAUCCAUUCCUCAAGAGAAUCUGAUGCAGGAAGCGAUGAGGGCAUUCUCCUGGAUGACGUCGAUGGGGCAAGUGACAGCGGGGAAUCUGCCCACAAAGCAGAUGCCCCUGCCUUAGCUGUAGGUAUGGGCACUGAUGUCCCAGGAUCCCUCAUGUUCAACAGUGUUUCGGUGAGCAACGGUGGGAUAAUGUGUAACAUUUGCCACAAAAUGUACAGCAACAAGGGAACCCUCAGAGUGCACUAUAAAACGGUGCACUUGCGAGAGAUGCACAAAUGCAAAGUCCCUGGGUGCAACAUGAUGUUCUCCUCUGUCCGUAGCCGAAACCGGCACAGUCAGAACCCCAAUCUGCAUAAAAACAUUCCCUUCACUUCAGUAGAUUAG